AAUGAUUAUGACGCGCCGUCUUCCUGCUUCCUUCAGCCGCGUCUUAAAGUGAAUCUUGUUGGUGCGAGCGCGCGCUCUCAGCCUCCUCCUGGCCGCGUGCGCUGAGACAUACAGUUUUCAUGCAGAGAGAGGAGCGGCGCACAAGAGCUCUUUCUCUAUCUCACUCUCUUCGCUCUCGCUUGUCCCGAGAAAUUACAAUAUUCAUCACGGGGCGAACAACCCUCUGUAUUCUCUGUUACACUAUCGCGAAGAAGCUCAAUUCGCUCUCAUCUUCAGAGUUCCCAGGGUUCUCGAGCUGUGCCCAGCUGACAGGCUUUCAAAGAUGGCACAAUAACAGUUCCAGUGAUGCCUGACCAUGACAGCACAUCCCUCUUAAGCAGACAAACCAAGAGAAGAAGAGUUGACAUAGGAGUGAAGAGGACUGUUGGGCAAGCAUCUGUGGUUUUCACCCGAGCAAAAGCAACCUUUCUUAGUGCCAUGAAUCCCCACGGUUCCGAGCAGGAUGUUGAGUGUUCUGUGGUGCAGCACGCAGACGGCGAGAAGUCCAACGUGCUCCGCAAGCUGUUGAAGAGGGCGAACUCUUACGAAGACGCUAUGAUGCCCUUUCCGGCAACCAUCAUCUCCCAGCUUCUGAAAAACAAUUUGACCAAAAAUGGAGGCAGCGAGCCUAAUUUCCAGGGAAGUGGCCUCUCGAGCACCGGUUCAGAGAUCCAGCAGGAGGAUGCUUGCAGCAAUUCCUCACGGGGCAGCCCUCAGGAGUGCCUUUCACCAUUCAACAGGCCCUCCAUGACCCAGUUUGAAAUGGAGAGGCUAACAGAUGAGCAUCUUAGGGCCAAACGAGCCCGGGUGGAGAACAUCAUCCGUGGGAUGAGCCAUUCUCCCAGCGUCACGCUCCGUGCAGGUGAUAAUGAGCGCGAGGGGGCAGCCCAGCCCCCGAGUCCUCGUGAGAACUACCGGGAAAACAAGCGCAAACAGAAACUGCCACAGCAGCAGCAACAGAGUUUCCAACAACUCGUCUCUGCGCGCAAAGAGCAGAAACACGAAGAACGCCGACAAUUGAAACUGCAGCUGGAGGACAUGCAAAAGCAGCUCCGGCAGCUGCAAGAGAAGUUCUACCAGAUUUACGACAGCACAGACUCCGAAAACGAUGAAGAUGGGAACAUCUCCGAAGACAGUAUGCGUUCCGACAGAAUGGACAAUCGUGCCCACGACUCUGUCCCAGAUCGCUCCGACAACGAGAUGUCUGAUGUGGAUCCGGGGCACUUCUUGGACCGAGCAUGCGCUCUUAUUCGGGAGCAGACCUUGGUGUCAGAGGGGGACAAACCCAAGCGCGACAGCUCACGAGGAAAGAGCCAGGGACCAACCUCCAUGCAUGCUGAGGGCAAACAGCUAGCAGAGACGCUAAAACAAGAGCUUAAUACAGCAAUGUCCCAGGUAGUGGACACCGUGGUCAAGGUCUUCGCUAAGCCUCCACGUCCAGUUCCUCAGGUUUUCCCACCCCUGCAGAUGCCCCCCGAUCGUUUCGCAGUCAAUGGAGAAAACCCAAACUUCCAUACUGCCAACCAGCGCUUGCAAUGUUUCGGUGAUGUCAUCAUUCCUAACCCCCUGGACACUUUUGCGAACAUGCAGGUGCCCAACUCGAAUGACCAAACGGAGGCCCUGCCCCUGGUAGUGAGAAAGAACUCUUCAGACCAGCCUGGGUCUCUUCCCACACCCGGGGGUCACCACCAUCCCUCCCUGCACCCCUCGCCCUUAUCUUCCACAAUGGGCUUUAGUCCUCCAUCUUUCCGCCAUCCUUUCCCCCUUCCUCUAAUGGGCUACCCUUUCCAGAGCCCCUUAGGCGCCCCAACAGGGCCUUACCCAGGAAAGGAUAGGUCUUCUCCCGAGUCUCUGGACCUGUCCAGAGAGACCACCAGCCUACGGACCAAGAUGUCGUCCAACCACCUCAGCCACCAUCGUUCCAUCUCACCAACACACCCAGGGAAUGAAGGCUUGUCCUUGUCCCUCAUCAAGUCAGAGUGCGGAGACCUUCAGGACAUGUCUGACAUCUCCCCCUAUUCAGGAAGUACAAUCCAAGAGGGGCUUUCCCCGAACCAUCUGAAGAAGGCCAAGCUGAUGUUCUUCUACACACGCUACCCCAGCUCCAACAUGCUGAAGAUGUUCUUCUCAGACGUGAAGUUCAACCGCUGCAUCACAUCUCAGCUGAUCAAGUGGUUCAGCAACUUCCGCGAGUUCUACUACAUCCAGAUGGAGAAAUUCGCUCGGCAGGCCAUCAACGACGGCGUGACAGGGGCAGACGAGCUGAGCGUGAGCCGGGACUGCGAGCUUUUCCGCGCUCUCAACAUGCACUACAACAAGGCCAAUGAUUUUGAGCAGGUUCCGGAGCGAUUCCUGGAAGUGGCACAGAUCACGUUACGGGAGUUUUUCAAUGCCAUUGUGGCAGGCAAAGAUGUUGAUCCUUCCUGGAAGAAGGCCAUAUACAAGGUCAUCUGCAAGCUGGACAGUGAGGUCCCAGAGAUUUUCAAAUCUCCCAAUUGUCUGCAGGAGCUUCUGCAUGAGUAGUGAUUUGAAUUGCUUACCAAGUAUCAUCCCUACUUUUCCCGAAUCUUUACAAAGUAAGAGGUAGCAUUCCUAUUUUUAAGUCCCGGCUACUUUUGAAUGACUUAGCUGUUGAUUUUUUUUUUUUUUUUUUUUUUUUGUGCUUCUUUUUGGGAAAGUCUAUAAGAUUCUUGAUUGUUUUGACUGUAUUCGAUUCCUUACCCCCUUUUCCCCUUGCCUUUAAAACGGGCAUUACUGUGUUUACCACACGAUGGUUAACAAACGGAACUGACACCCCGAUUUUCUCUUUUAUUGGUCUUUUUUGUUGAGGGCUUUGUUUUAUCCCCGGAUGUUUGCAAUGUGUGAUGGUUUUACUAUUGCUGAAUAAGACUUGCAUUUGUAGCUUGUAUAGAUGUAAUUAUUAUUUAUGAUUAAUAUAAUUAUUACCAUUAAUGUUAUUAAUGCUUGCUGCAAAAAAGGACGAAAGCAAAAGAAAGACAAAAAAUUGACAUGUGGUAUUCUUGUUUCUCAUGGCAAUGCUACAGAAAAUAAAUUAUUCUUUGGACAAAAAAAUAAUAAUAAUAAAGAGGGGUAUACAUUUUCUAUGUGGGAAAUUCAUAUAUAUAAUAUAUAUAUAUUUGAUGUUAUUCUUGAAAGAAAUAGCAUUAACUGUUUUUUUGGUUUAGCCAUUCUUCUAUGUUGGCUAGGGUCCAAUGUUCUUGUGUUUUGUGUCCACAUUGAUAGCAGUGGCUCUAGGGAGGGAGGCCUACUCGUAGGUUUUUUUUUUUCCUUCACGGAGCAGCCUCUCCUGUAACUAAGCAACAUGGCCAUUUCAUACUGGGGCAAGCCAGUUCGGCACAAAAAAAAAUGGACGCCUUCCCACUGAGAAACCAUUCUUGCUCAUAAAAAGCACACUGUCACAACUGCUCACAUAAACACACAAACACACACACCCCGCUCUCAUACAUACACGCUAAUUCACAAACACAAACACGUGCCGUACGGCGUCAAGACGAGAGAAUUGUUGUUGUUGUGGAUUUUUUCCACCUGCUAGCUGGGAACACCUCUAUAAUUGGACCGUAAAUUUAGUAGAUUGUCUCCAGUUUGGUUUACAGUGUUGGCUGAGAAUAAUUAUUUAGCAAAAGUAAAACUGUUUUGUUUUUUGUUGCUUUUUUUUUUCUUUCUACGUACUGGAUUGUACAUAGUUUAUUUGUUAGAAAAUGUACAGAUUUGCUUAAUAUUCACAAUCAUCUGAUUAUGCUAUGGCAGUGUACAGUUUAUCAGUAGUGAAACUUCAUGUUAGACUUUUGAGUUCAAUUGUACAUUUUUAUGAAUCAUAUGAAGAAUUGAAUUUUAGAAGCUAAGCCUGCGCCACGCAAAUGUAACCAAUCACAACAAUUACCCCCCAAAAAGCACAGUUUCUUAUCAAAACGCUGUCCACAAAAAAGAGAAAAGAAAAGAGGGCCUUCAGACUCUUUGUGCAUCCCUUCCUAGUUCAUAAAUAAGAGUCGGCAGUAGAGGGCAAGGGCUGGACAUGUGAUCUGCUCUGGAAGCCUGUGCCGUUUGCAUUGGGCAAAUCCAGCUGAUGAAUUGAAACGCAGGCCGGCAAUUAUUGUCAGCACAAUGCCUUAAAAAACCUGCUGACUUCUAGAUUAAUGGGCACAAAA